AUGAAAAUUAAAAUAUUAAAUUUGCGCAUCAUCGUCGUGAUCUUUGCUGGCAUCUAUUUUGUAGAUGCAAAAGUUUACCAGAAAUGUGAACUAGCUUUGGAGCUUCGAGACAAGCAUUUCAUUCCUUUGGAUCGUAUUGGGGUACUUGUGUGUAUUGCUGAACGUCAAUCAAACUUAAACACAGCGGCUGUUGGUGAUGGAACUUAUUUCGGGAUGUAUCAGUUAAGCAGCGAAUAUUGGUGCGAAAGGAAUUAUGCUGGUAAGGCUUGCAAUGUGCAAUGCUCAAGCUUAACUGACAAUGAUAUCACUGAUGACUUAAAUUGUGUGCAAAUAAUUUAUGAUGAGCAUCAGCGAUUGUUUAACAACGGAUUUAAUGCGUGGCCAUCAUCUCAAUACUGUCAAUCACAAGGCAACGACUUUAUUCAAGAAUGUUUCAUAGAAGAUAAUCAAAUAAUCAAACCGCUUGAAAUAACACCGCGACAGUCGAAAAAACCAGGAAAUAUCAGUCGGGGAAAAGUUUAUGACCGAUGUGAUCUAGCACGAGAGUUAUAUUAUCAACAUGACAUAGCGAUGAAAGAUGUGGCGACUUGGGUGUGCAUUGCAAAUUACGAAUCAGCAUUCGAUACAUCAGCAAUCGGUCGAUUGAAUUGGGAUGGAAGUAACGACCAUGGAUUGUUUCAAAUCAGUGACAUUUACUGGUGUGGUGACAGUGGCAAAUCUUGUGGUUUGAAAUGUACAGAUUUAAGAGACAACGACAUAACCGACGAUGUCAAGUGCAUCAAGACAAUUCAUGCGGAACAUCAAAGGAUCUCUGGAGAUGGUUUCACUGCAUGGGCAGUUUAUCCCAGAUGCAAAGGACAACAAUCAAAAAGAUUUGCUGAUGGUUGCUUUGAUGCAAGUGAAAAUGAAAUAAUGCCAUAUCGUCCACGUCCAGGCGUUCAACAGCCGCAAAAAAAUUAUGCGAGUGUUACUCAACAACGAAAGCAAAUUGAAGUUUCAAAAGAUGCAGGAAAAAUUUAUGAACGAUGUGAACUGGCACAGGAACUUCGAUACAAAUUUAAUAUUCCUAUGGAAGAUGUCGCGACUUGGGUUUGCAUUGCUAAACACGAAUCUGGUUUUAAUACUUCAGCCAUCGGUCGAUUAAAUGCAGACGGAAGUGAAGAUCAUGGACUUUUUCAAAUAAGCGACAUUUAUUGGUGCAGCCCACCAGGAAGAGGCAAAGGUUGUGGUCUUACAUGCAGUCAGUUGGAAGACAGUGACAUCUCAGACGACGUUGAAUGCAUGUUGAAGAUUCACGAUGAACAUCGGUUCCUUUCAGGUGAUGGUUUCAAUGCUUGGGCUGUUUAUAGACCAUAUUGCCAAGGAAGAUCUCAAAGUUACAUUGAUGGAUGUUUCACUAGUAAUGACAUCGUUCCUCGACCUGCUAUUACGCAACCGACAACAACCAGAAGAACGACAACUGUUACGACCGCCAAAAAAACAACAAAGACAACAACUCGGGUGCCAACAACCUCAACUAGAACAACAACCACUCGAGCGCCAACAACAAAGCCAACCACUCGAGCGCCAGUAACAAUAAAGAAAGCACCUGCAGUUACGACAGUUGUUAAAAAACCUACAACCAGUCAAACUUCAAAACCACCAACAACUACACGACAAGUCAAAACUACUCCCAAAUCAGUAACCACAAAAACAACAACCAAACAGAAGUCAACGACAACAGCAAGUAAAGCGACGACGAAAGUGUCAAUUAAACUUCCAGACAAAACUCAAAGACCUGUCGAGAAUCCCAAGACUACUGUAAAGCCAUUUAAUAUUUUUGAUUUAUAUUUCAAUUCUAUUGGAAAAGGCUCGUUGGCUAAUAAUGAUGUUGUGACUUCACAAAGGAUCGCUGUCAGAGAACAAAAACAAUCAAAAACUACAAAAGUUCCGCAAGCAGCAUCAAUCAAGCCAAGUAUUUCAACAACACGAUCGAGUUCAUCAACAUCAAAAGCGUCCAACAUAAAUCCCGAAAUCACGACUACUCGUCAAGACUUUAAUGUCAAUCCCACUUUAUUGAAGAAGACAACAAGAACUUCUAGUAUUGGUUCGCUUUCUAUUUACAAUGCGCUUCAAGAUUACAGUGUGAACAGUAACAGAAUCGGAAGAGUUGUUGAAAAUAUUACGCCCCAUAGCUUUGACUACUUACUGACACUCACUACCCCAAGGACGCCUUUCAAACGAUUGUAA